ACCAUUGUGUCUGCGCUCGGGCUCUCCCUCUGUGCAAACAUGGCGGAUCAGGAGCAGAGCACUCAGGUGGUGAUCCUUCAAAACGGAGACGCACACGAGCCGAUUGACGAAAACGGUUACGGCGAGGACGCGUCCAAGAAGAAAAAGAAGAAGAAAAAGAAGAGCAAAGCGGCGGUCUUGGGUGUUGCAAAUGGUGAAGGAAAUGCUGAGAUCAAAGUGAUCAAGGAGUUGAAGCCGCAGCCAGGGGAUGACCAGGAAAAGGAAGAGGAUGCCAAUGAUGAUGGUGACGAAAGUGGAAAGAAGAAGAAGAAAAAGAAGAAGAAGGGUGGCAGGGUUCAAACCGACCCUCCAUCUAUUCCAAUCUGUGAACUUUACCCAAGUGGAGUUUUCCCUAAAGGCCAAGAAUGUGACUACCCGCUUGUACAAGAUGGGCGUGAAGCUGGAUGGAGGAUGAGCAGUGAAGAGAAGCGUGUGUUAAAUCAGGCCAGCGAGGAAAUCUGGAAUGAUUUCAGACAGGCCGCAGAGGCACAUCGACAGGUCAGGGGCUACGUCAUGAGUUGGAUUAAACCAGGCAUGACUAUGAUUGACAUCUGUCAGAAGCUGGAGGACUGCUCUAGGAAGCUAAUUAAAGAGAAUGGGCUGAAUGCUGGCCUUGCUUUCCCUACCGGAUGCUCUCUCAACAACUGUGCUGCUCACUACACUCCCAAUGCUGGUGAUACCACAGUGCUUCAAUACGACGAUGUCUGCAAGAUUGACUUUGGCACACACAUUAAUGGUAGAAUUAUUGACUGUGCCUUUACCGUCACUUUCAACCCAAAGUAUGAUAAACUGCUGGAAGCUGUUAAAGAUGCCACAAAUACAGGAAUUAAGUGUGCAGGGAUUGAUGUUCGUCUGUGUGACAUUGGAGAAGCCAUUCAGGAAGUCAUGGAGUCUUAUGAAGUGGAGUUAGAUGGAAAAACAUACCAAGUAAAGCCAAUCCGGAAUCUCAACGGUCAUUCAAUUGGACAGUACAGAAUACAUGCAGGAAAGACUGUGCCUAUCGUCAAGGGUGGAGAAGCGACCAAAAUGGAGGAGGGAGAGGUGUAUGCCAUUGAGACUUUUGGAAGCACUGGAAAAGGCUUGGUGCAUGACGACAUGGAGUGUUCACAUUACAUGAAGAACUUUGAAGUUGGACAUGUGCCAAUCAGGCUUCCAAGGGCAAAGCAUUUGCUAAAUGUUGUCAAUGAGAACUUUAGCACUUUGGCAUUCUGCCGUCGUUGGCUGGACCGUCUGGGCGAAACCAAAUACCUGAUGGCUCUGAAGAACCUGUGUGACCUGGGCAUCAUCGACCCAUACCCGCCUCUGUGUGACACUAAAGGGUGUUACACGGCUCAGUUUGAACACACCAUUCUAUUAAAGCCAACCUGCAAGGAGGUGGUCAGCAGAGGCAAUGAUUACUAAGCCCAGUGCACACCAAUUUCUCAAUUUCCGACACAUUUUCAUUGUCCUGUUCGACUUACUUAAGGGGGGCUAAAUGCACAGCAGGCCUUGCCAGUGCUUGAAUUUUUUUGGGAAAAUGUAUGGAAAUUGCUCAUUGGUGCUGGCAUUCUGAAAGCCAUUGUGUCAGAUUUAGAAAAAUUGGUGGACUUCUCCUAACCUAUAACACACGUAUGCUAACCCAGGGAAGACUACAGUUGACUGUAUUAUUAAACUAUAAUGCGCAAAAAAAAAAAAAGUAUUUAGAAAGGGUGUGGAGAGCAUCAUGUUCACUGAUAUGAUCUGUAUAACGUUUCUUCAACAGCUUUUAUUUGUAGCCAUAUUUGAUUGCAUCCUUCAUUAGAGCAGCGGACAGAAUAUCGGGCCAUGUAUAAAAAUGGAUUGUUGUUUAAAACAUAAACCAAUGCACAUAUAGCUUAUACAUGCACUCAUGCUCUUUGCCUUUAGGGGAAAGAUUAAUAAUCCUUGCUUUAUUCGGACUAGAACAAAAGAUUCUGGCUGUGUAUAAUUGCCUUGAAACUUUUUUUUUUUCUCUCCAGACUGAAAAGUCACAUUUCUCUGGGUAACGCACAAUGCUAUGUUUUAUUUUGAAUUACAAAUAAAAUUUGUAAGAAAUUACAA